UAACGCGCUGGCCCCGUUUCAGAACCGUACCGGUACGGCGCGGACCCGGAGUAUGGAGAGGAGUACCAGGACGAGAUCAACCCGGCAGAGGUCAUCAUGACCAGGGUAAGGAAGGGUCCCGGCAACUGCUACGCCCGAGGAAAGUGCGUCUACUACAGCAAGCGGCUCAAGACGGAGUUUUGCGGCGAUUGUCACCGCCGCUCGGGCUGUUUUCCAGGCGACUCGACGGUACUGAAGGAAUCCGGCGACGUGCUCCCGAUGGCUGAGCUGCGAGUGGGGGACCGAGUCCUUGCAGCGAGUCGGGCCGGCGAUCUCACGUUCAGCCCCGUGGUGAGCUGGCUGGACAAACGGUCCAACGAGUCGGGCCAGUACCUGCAGCUGUCUACCAGCACGGACCACCGGAUCACGCUGUCCUCACAGCACGUCAUACUCGUCCGACAGAAGGACCAGCUCGUCUCUCGGUUCGCUGCGGACGUUCAGACCGGCGACCUGGUGAAGGUGGCCGACUCAGUUAACUCGGACAACUGGGCGCCAAUCGUCUCCGUUCAGCCCACAAUCUCCACAGGAGCGUACGUGUCGCUAACAGCCGAGGGUACUAUCGUGGUGGACGGCGUGCUGGCCUCGUGUUACGCCUCGUUCGACCACGACUGGGCCCACGCGUUCACGGCUCCGCUGCGCUGGAUGCCCGAACUGUUCGAGAGCCACGCCACUCGUGACGACGACGGGCCACGACCUGUGGUGGAGACCCUGAAGAGUUUCGGCCGGUGGUUGUUCCCCGAGUCAGAGUCUGGUCAUCGUGCCGCCGAGGACGACUCGGUCGUCAAACUGCCGCUACUCGCCGCCCCCGCCCCCGCCCCCGCCCACGCGAGCUCGCCCUAGACGGGCCGGACCCGCCGCCGCCGCCGCCGCCGCCCGGUGACGUCACUGUGACGUCAUACUGUCCCGCCGACCGCAGGCCGCUCUGUUGAUGUUGUGUUCUUUCUGUAGCGGUAACACUGACGCCACCAAAGUGAUCGCGCUGCUGCGUGGUGGGCACUCAUGUAUUGAUCUUAGUUGUACUGAUAACUACUUAUCGGAAACAAGCGGAACGCCGUGCUCUUUGCAGCAAACCAAAGAGCAUGUCCAAAGCAUGUUACCAAAGAGCAUGUCCAAAGCAUGUUACCAAAGAGUAUGUCCAACGGUGAAUCGACUUACAGACCGACAAGCACAGCACCGUUAUUUCCUUGGCGGGCGGCUCUAUUGGUGCUUGUGAAAGCGCACAGUAAAAGCGUAGCAUCACUUUACCACCUUCCCUUGAGAAAUGCCAGAAAAAAGUUACUGAUUACCCUUCUCAGACCUUUCCCGGGCAACAUUCAGAGCCCCUGCGAUGUGGAGUGUGUCUAUCCCUCUUCUCUAAUACGGUUUCCGGGUGGGGUGAGACAAUCCCCCCGGGCUCCCCCCCCCCCUGUAUCAGGAGACAGUCCCACUCCCAAUUCCGGUCACUGAUCACCCGAAGGAGGCAAUGACGUUUGGAUGGUCCGCAACGAGUUCCGACUGCCCCGAUCAGCUCGUUGGCUCAUCAGCGUCGCAAAUUGGAUUAAUGGCGACCCACGCCUUGUGCAAUCGGAAGAGGAAUUCCUCGCCAAUGAUCUCUCAGCAGUGAUAGUUUUUUUCUAGGAUGUUUUUUAUUAGUAAAGCCCUUGUUACAACCUGUGUCCAUCAGUUGUGCGCUUUUAUCUUCGUAUUUUAUGUAUGUUCGUUCUGUUUGCUUGCCUCUUGAUGCCGGGAGUAACAACAUUCAAUGCUUGUAUUUUAUGGGACGGAUCAAACUUCAGCAAACUAAAAGGGUAUAACCUACGGAAAAGGAGACGACGCACCGUAAACUGUAGAUCAAGAAUGCUUGCGAAGCGAAAUGCGCUCAACGGUUCCCUACUACGAACGUUUUCUGAAGGUAGUGUGGACAUAUGAUGUCGCGAGCAGCUUUCAAGGCUGCUGGAUGAGCUUGUCAUGCUGCGGGAUAAUCACACAUAUCACUGGGCUGUCCCCGGACAGUGCGCUGUCCUUGCUAUGUCUCUCUGUGUAUUGUGCUAUAUGCUGUUAAAGCGUUCGUGAUUGUGCAGGCGGUACAGUAACGAUCUUCCUCCCGUAGGUAGUUUUAGAUCGCUGAAAGUGAACUCUUGUUCAUUCCACCUCCGAAAACAUCAUUCAAUGCUACUGUGUAUAGUCUUGUAAUGCUUUCUAUACAGAGGGAAGAUUGUCACUGUACCGUCUUAUCCUUGUGAGUCGAUGAACGAAACAUAUCCCCAACAUAUCACGUGCGACAGGCGGAGUGCUCUCCCCGUCUCAGCAGACAUAUCAUGUCGUGUGAGGCCGUGCCCGUUUUGCACUGAGAGCGCGUCUGUUUGUCUGUCUGUCUGUCAGCGUGGGCCGCGAGUGGCUGGCGCGGCCCAGGGCGAGUCGCUUUGACGCCGACGUUUCGUGACGUGUCUGAACGUGGCAGGACGUGUCGGGACGUGACAGGACGUUAGCAAACCGUCUCCGUGACGAGGGUUUGUGCCGGAGCUCUGUUGAAAAUAGAUAAAAUGCCCUUAGCCCAACAACAUCCCGAAACA